AUGUAUAAAACUAAGUUAGAAGCACUUACUCUAGCCGUGGUCGUGAAACAAUGUCUGUGGUUCAUACAAGAGCUGAAUAUUGUUGCUAUUAAUCAGAUUCUAGGAGGAGACGGCAAGAAGAAUGGCCGACCAAACAAUAAAGGUGACUUCAACCUCCGUGUUAAUUAUGAAGGGCUUGUAGCUAAGGCAAACGAGCAGACCGGUCACCUGAUGGUAAGCGAUCAGCGUCGCCCAUGGACAUCCGCAACACAAGAGGAGUCACAGGCUGAUGAUGAUGAUGAGGAUGAUGAUGAUGAUGAUGAUGAUGAUGAUGAUGAUGAUCAACAAAAGCUGCAGACUGAAAUGUGUCUUGCUUAA